AUGAGUCUCUACGAUGUGCUCAAGGUCCCAAAGAAUGCUACAAAAGAGAGUGUGGAAAAGUCCUACAGAUUUCUUGUAAGAACAUAUUUUCAGAAUAAGAGCGAGAUAAGCCCAGACAAGUUUGCAGAGAUCAACAAGGCAUACACAAUAUUGAAAGACAGAUAUAAAAGAGAUUUUUAUGACAUAUUUGGCGAGGUGUCGGUGCAGCUUCUUCUCCACAACAAAGACUCAUAUAUUGUAACAAGAAUGUUUGAUAGACUUAACAUAUGCUUCUAUCUGGUCACAUUUGCAAUAUACCUAGGAACAUUAUUAGCACUGCCUCCCAUGAUUGCACAUGGAGAGUAUAACAGCAUAGCCAUGUCUCUUCCUUUUGGGGUGUCGGCUAUAACUCUAACCAUUCCAAUGAUCCGAUCCCUUUCUGCAUUGUACUGGAUAUACGGGAUGGGAGCUGAGUUGAAAAGCAUGAUAUUUCGAUCUAUGGAAAUCAUUGGAGCAACACUCCAUUUGUUCAACUAUGCCUCAUAUGUCGAUGGACUCAUAAACACUUCUUUUUCAGGGGCUUUGUUCCUAGGAAUCGAGGGCUUGUCCACAGUCAAUACCAUAUAUUACCAUAGCAAUAAGUACAAGCUCUUUUUUGAAACAAAGAAGAACAUAAUGAUGGGAAAGUUGAUUAGGGCUAUAUUGUUUGGCCUAGUAAUGGUUCCUGCAAUUCCUGUCUUUUUAAAGCCAUUUCUACUUCUUAUGCAAAUCCUCUGGGGAAUAUGCGGGAAGAAAUAUUCUUUGAAGAUCAAUGCAUGUAUGCUACUCUUACCUCUGCUGUAUAUAGCUACAUUAUCUCUUGUAUUGGCAGGAUUCCGUAGUAUCUUAAUAUACCUACCUUUAUGGAUAUUCGGAUCCAUAAUUAUGAUAGUCCUGGCAUUGAUAGCUUCAAAUAUUGUGAAUAACAUCCCAAAAAGCAAAUACGAUGUAAGAGAGGCUGAGGCGCUUCCAUACUACGACAUUCUGUAA